AUGUCCAAAUACGACGCGCCUCAAGGUCCUCCUCCAGGUUACCCACAACAACCACCUCAAGCGCACUACGAUGCUGGCCCAGUAGGGGACCCCCGCGGCGCAAACGAAGGCUACUACGGAGGAGCUCCACCGCAGCAGUACGGCCAGCCAGGUCAAUACCAACAGGGACCAUAUGGCGCGCCACAGGGUGGUCCAUAUCAGCAACAGCCCAUGAUGUACCAGCAAGGGCCAUACCCGCCGCAGCAAGGAUACUACCCGCAAGAGCAGGGUAGAGGAGGCAGUGGUGCGGGAGGAUGCUGCGCGGGUAUUAUGGCUGCGUUGGCGUGUUGCUGUUGUUUGGAUGUGUUGUUUUAG